AUGACAGACAAAGACGAGCCGCAAGCUUCUGUAGAAGUAAUGGGGGAGGAAAGUAAGCCAGCAGCACCAAACUUGUCAGUAGAUCCAGAGAAAAACACAGGCGUGAUAUACAUAGCACAAGUUCCUCCUCGAUUCACAAAACGGAAGAUUCUGGAAUACUUUUCCAAUAUUGGAGAGGUCGGGAGAGUAUACAUGCAGGUAAGGUGUUCUUCACUUGGAUUAAAGUUUUAUAAGCAAAUAGAACGUAUUUUUAUUUGUCAUAUUUAGAUAGACAAAAAGUCGACAAAAGUAAGGAGGUACACAGAAGCUUGGGUAGAGUUUAAAAAGAAAAGGAUUGCCAAAAAGGUAGCGGCCAUGUUGAAUGGUCAACAAGUGGGAGGAAAGCACAGAAGCCCGGCAUUCGACUCUUUGUGGACAAUAAAGUACUUGCAUGGGUAAGCUGUUUUAUGGUUGGACGUUAUAUUUUUAAUAAUUAUCGUUUGAUCCGUCAGGUCUAACACUGUGUUUGCAGUUUUAAAUGGUCGAAUUUGGUGGAACAAUUGAAUCACGAGAAGACGAUAGAAGAACAAAGGUUGAGGAUAGAGCUGUCUCAAGCCAGAAGAGAAGGAAAACAUUUUAUUGAUCAAGUCCAAAAGAGUGGCCAGAUCAGGAACCUGGAGAAAUCUGUAAGAUACUUUUAACGAUGAACUUAAAUACUCAAACCAACUUUCAGGUAUUGGAGAAAGGUGGUGAAUGGACUACAAAGGCAACACGAGAAGUCAAAGUAAAGAAGACGAUGAAGAAGAAGGUCUUGAAUGAGGACGAAGAAGGCCAGCUUCUGAACUCCAUUUUCGGCUGA